AUGAGCGCCACAAACUCACACAAGACAACCAAUUAUGAUUGUCAAUCCUUCUCUUCCUCAACAACAACAUUACCUCCAAAAAAAAAGAAUCGAAUUGCAGUGAUUUUGAGUGAAGCGAUUCGAUCCUUUCUAGCAAGUUAUAGUCGAAUCAGACAGUUUUUAAAGAAUGUGAAAUAUGAAUCUAUUGAAUUGUUUAAUAUGACUCGUUUAACUGAGAGUGUUAAAGAUUUGUAUCCAGAUUUUCCAUUUCCUCGUGAAAAAUGUUCUCAAUUUUUAACCUAUGAAGGAUGCCAUAAUUGGGUUUCUUCUUUAUCUUUAUUUAGAGAUGGUUUUGUUCAAAUGAAAAGUUUCAAUGACAAGAUGAUGAAAGAAAAUAACAUGACUACGAAUUAUUAUGACAUGGUCUUUCGGUUAAGAACUGACAUUUUAUUUGAGCAAAAUGUCAAUUUACUGCAUUUCAGGGUGGAAUUCAACAAAUUCUACACUUCAGAAUUAUACAAUUGGGGAGGAUUUAAUGAUCAAAUUGGAUUUGGAUCUGUGUUUCCAAGUUAUGGAAACAUAUUCAACCUUAUUGUAUCAUAUUAA